CCCCUUUUCUCAUAAUAUCAUUUAUGAAUAAAAAAUCUGUUAAUUUAGCCCCCUUACUGUUUAAGAACAAGUUUGCGUUUCAAAGUUCUGCCAAUAGCUUCUUACAUGGGUAAUGCAAAAGGGACUGGGCCACACGAGCGACUGGCAAAUGCACGUAUUAUAUGCAUAUGUACCUGCAAGCAUGCAUACAUUUAAAUGUUUUUCCCCGUGCAGAAUGGAAAGUAAAAAAAUAAACAUCUUUUCGCGCUUCCAAAAAUGUGAGAAAAAAUCGAUUCUUCUGUUUCCUCCGUAAGCAUAGCAGCUCUUGUUCCCCCUCCUUUCUAACAUAAGCCAGGGGUGUGCUUUGCGUCACUCCGUUAAGCCAUGCCCGAGAGAAGCGCAGCGGAGCUGAAAGAAGAAAAGGGGAAGGCAUGCUCUUUUUCCUGAUGCGCUUCCGUAUAUAUUAUAAAAAAAAAAAAAAAAAAGCAAGCGAUGUUAACUUAAAAAUAAUCCGAACGGGGGAAAAAUUUUAUUCUUAACUUUUCAGUAUACCCACUUUUUACCACUUCGUUCAAACUGCAGAAAUUAAGAAAACCCAUUUUUGCAUUGCGUAUACGGCGCUUUUCGUCCGCCAAGGCGUUUCCCCCCGCGUACAUCUGAGGUGACUCUUUGGGGAAAACGAAAAGAAAAAAAAACAAAAAAAACAAAAAAAACAAAAAAACGACAAACGGCAAGGCCCCUUUUGCUUGGCGCAUGCCGUGCCUACUAUGCAUUCACGUUUGAACAGAUUAUGAAGCCGGGCUUGCGCCUCCCUUGACGAACGGCUCGUGUGGGGUAUACGCACGCUACACCUGUAGGCGUACGGUACUUAUGCGUAGGCAUACCGAAUGAACAGCGUUUUCCAGCAAAAAGGGGGACAUCUCAGAGGCCAAGCCUAGAAAGCAUAGCAAAUCAGAGCAUCAGAAGAGGCAGGCGAAAGGACACGCAGAUUAACAUACACCAUUCAAACGUGCAGAUAAAUCAAAUGUACCUUCCCAAAAUGAACAGAAAAAAUGAGGAAGGCUGGAGAUAACCACAAACACGUUUUUAAGCGGGAAAGUGACAGCUCAAAGAUAACUAAGCUGAUGAGAAACAUAUCGCCCCUUUUUUUUAUGAGUGAAUUUUUAUACAUUCUAUUUUUACGUUAUAAUGAUUAUAUACUGAGUACCCGAUAUAAAGCACAAAUAAGUGAAGACGUGAGGAAAAACAUUUACAACAUUUUAAUACUGCUGUACUUUUUAAAACCUUUUUUUGCAUUUUUAACGGAUAAUGUGUACUUUAACAUAAAUAAUGUAGUCUCCUUUUUGACGCGAAAGUUGCACGAAUUUGGAAAUUUUCUGCAGAAUUGUUUUUAUUACUGUACUAGUACAGUGUGUAAUGGGAAAUAUAUUUUUUUUAAGAUAUUUUUUAGCAACAAAUAUAUGAAGGAUGGAGUUUCUUCGGGGUCCCUUUUUUUAAGAAAAGCAGGUCUGGGGAAAUACUCCUACAUAGACAAUUUUGUGCAUUUGCCGCUAAACAGGAAGUAUUAUAUCGUUUUAAGCGAAUUUAGCACCACGUUUUUGCUGCUCUUUAUAUAUUUUUUUAAUAACAAGAUGAACUGCUUUUCCUACCUGUCUGUGGUCUUUUUGGUUUCGAGUCAAAUGCUCCUAUCGUCUUGUGUUUUUGAAGGAAUCGUAGUCGAGCGAUGCAGAAGGCAGAUACACGUUGAGAAAAUAUUCUACAUAUCCUACGUGAUGUGUAUAAAGAUUUUUUGCUCCCUUAUCCUGUACUACAUGUACAUUUUAAAAGUCAGCAUUUACCUAUUAAUUUUGAAAAGCUUCGCCAUCUUCGUCAUUUCGUGUCUCUGUAGCGAAGAAACUCUUUUGCUAAAUUCGAGCUUUAAGAUGCAACGCAACAUAAUACAGAAGAGUGAAAAUGGAGGGGUGCAUGUGAAAAACACAGUGGACUUACUUUCGCAACUUGCUCUUCUGAAGAAGCUGCUCUUUAAGGAAAAUCUCUUCAAAAUACUUUUCCUUUUAAUUCUGUUCAAUUCGUCCAUUGACACGAAGUUUUCGAUGUUGCAGUACGGUGUGCAGAAUUACAGAUGGCCGCAUUCCCUGAUUAACUACAUCCCCCUGGUGUCCCAAUCCUCCAAGCUGAUAGGAAUCUCCAUCUUCCAACUGUACACAAACAGAAGAAGCUACAGAAGCUACGCGAUGAUAACGAUAUUGUGCAACGUAAUGCUGAAGAUAGCUAGCUUCCUAUUUUUGUACUACAACAAGAGCACGUACGUGAGCCCCUUCCUCUUCCUACUUAACAUAAUCGUUCAGAACAUCUCCAUCAAAAUUUUGGCCCUCCCCAUACUGCUCCUGUGUAUAGAAAAGGCGCCUUUAAAUUUGGAGUCCACCCUCCUCAAUAUUUACAUUUUUUGUUUCAACUUGUCCAAUUUGAUUAGCAAAAGAUACUUCAUGUGGAAUCUCAUUUUGCACAUGUCGAAGAAUGUUUUUAUAAUUCUGCUCCUCUCCUUCUUAACCACGUGUAGCAGUUUACUCUACUACUUUAACCUCUCCUUAGAUUCGUUAAACAGCGUAAAUGCGUCGAUGUCAUGUUUGAACGAAAAGGAAGAUCUCCAUUUGAAAUUAAGUAAAUAUGAUAGGAAAAAUUAUGCACCUCCCCCUUCGGAUGAUCUGUUUGAUACGUUUGAGAAAAAAAAUUCUUCCAAAAAGUUUGUUCGCUUUAGGGAAGAAAAUAUAAAAACGGAAAAAUGCAAAAAGGAACCCAACAGGAGUAAACCCAAUUUGUUUAAAAUCGCGCCAAAUUACAGCUCCGAUAGUGAUGACAAUCAGUGGCUCAUAAUUGACAAUUUGAAGGGGAACGGAAGGAAAACGUACGGAGAACAGAGCCACUUGAACAUUUCAAAUAUGAUGUUGUAAGGAGGGAGCAGAAAGGAGAAAGAAGGAAGAAGAAAGAAGAAAGGGAAGUCCUCUUUUGCAUACAAAACUGUAAUAAUUUACAUUUGAAGUAUGCCAGAACGGCGGAGGGCGCGGACCGUACUCCGAGCGUAAGCAAAUAUUUUGUGUACAUGUACGCAAAAAAAAAAAAAAAAAAACGCCGCGUAUGAUUUGUUGGCGACCACGUUUUGAAACCAAAUUUUAUCGCCUCGCCGCGCCCCCCCUUUUUUUUUUUUUCUUCUUCUAUAUCUUUUUUCUUCUAUCCCCUUUUUCUUUAUCCCCUUUUUCUUUAUCCCCCUUUUCUUUUCUCUUCUUUUUUUCAAAGUUGGAUUUACUCUAUACUGUAUUAUUCCCACGCUACUUCAUUUUUUUUGUAUAAUCGUUUUACCUUUUCUUUUCCCCCAUUUUUUUUAAAAACAACCUAAACGAAAAUUAAACAUUGUAUAACAAUUUAG